AUGAUGAUGGUUAUUGGCAAUGAACAAGAACAUAGUGAGACAGAAGGUAGUCGGACAAAGAAGAAGAAGAAGCAGGAUGGAAAAUCUCGUCCAGCAUGCUCGUGGGUGCAUUUUAGUCGUGAAUUUAUCAAAGAGUACACUGCUUCACAUCCUGAAUCGUCAGGGUUGAAAGCGGCCACAAAAGCUGCCUCAGAUGCUUGGAAGUUGAUGAGUCCAGAAGAGAAGGCAAAGUACACGAAUCGUGCCCGUGAAGUUUGGGAUAAGUACUUAAGCAGUACACCUGCCCGUAUUCCUAAGCCAAGAAGACAGACCAAACUUGUUACGAGGUGCUCUCCCGGUCGUUUAUUAAAUGUGCUGCAACGACUCACUCCUGACCAAAAGGAUGCUGUAAAAAACAUGGGCUUUGGUAGUAUCCUUAAUCUCAGGUGCCGAACUCUGAGGCGCAGUCUCUGCCUCUGGUUAUUGGAUAAAUUUAAUACAGUUAGGCGCAGUUUGGAGAUUUGUGGAGAGCGCAUACCUUUAACUCCACGGGAUGUUGAACUGGUGAUGGGAUUGGCAUCUAGUGGGAAGGAUGUGGUUAAUUCUGGGUCCGAUGAGUUAAUUGCUGAUUUACGCAAAAAGUACAAUGCCACUAAUCGUGGGAUUUCUGUUCGGCUCCUGGAGGAAAGGUUGGCGGCCCCAGAAGCAGGAGAGGAUUUUAAGAGAUCUUUUCUCCUCUAUGUCUUGGGCACUCUUAUAUGCCCCACGGCAAGGCUGGAUGUUAGCCCCUCAUUUCUCCAUUUCUUGACAAAUAUGGACGUGGUCCACCAAUAUAAUUGGGGAAAGUUUUUGCUUGACCGGCUAGUUCGAGAGGUGGCCCGCUAUCGCCAGGGAAAGCAACGUGCAGUUGGUGGUUGUCUUUUGUUUCUCCAGCUUUUUUACUAUGAGAGUGUUGCUGUUGGAGAACCAUCUGAACUGUCCCCAGCUAUUUUCCCUUGCCUGGCCUCUUGGGGUGAGGAGGAAAUUAGUGAGAGGGAGAAGCAAGAGAGGGAGCUUGGCGGUUAUGGAUGUGGAGAGGUUGUUUGCAAGGAAAGAGGGCUUGGGAUGGGAAUGGUAGGUUAUAGAACCCAACCAGAAAGCAUGCAAUUGCCUAUAACACCAUCAGAGAUGGACAACUACCCUCUACUUGAGCAGAUUGGGUUUCAGGAUGGGGAAGAUGAAAUGAAUGGGGGCAUGAUUACAGCAGAGAAGGAUGAGAUGGAGAUUUCAGAGGCCCCGUGCCGCAACGCACUGUAUGGGUGCACCCAGAUUGUGGAUUGCAGCAAGCGCAAGGAGCAUGAGGAGGAGAUCUGCCCAUACUCCCCUUGUGCCUGCCCCAUCCGCAAGUGCCACUUUGUGGGUUCGUCCGCACAGCUGGCUGAGCACUACAGCAGCAAGCACUGGGACUCGGGCCGCCGCUUUCAGUACAACUGCCCGCUGCCCGUCACCCUCAACAAAAACGACAACUUCCUCGUUCUGCAGGCCGAGAAGGAUGGCAUCCUUUUCCUUGUUAAUAAAGGGACCGAGAGUAUCGGCCACACUGUCAUGAUCAGCUGCAUAGCACCGACCUCGUCAAAGGACCAGUAUUUGUACGAUAUUGUGUCCGAGAGAGGCAACACCUGCCUCAGGUUGAAGUCCUAUACAAAUAGCUUCCCGGGCAGGGUCAACGCGGCCUCCCCGCCCCUCGACUUCCUUCUCGUGCCCUAUGGCUUUCUCAACUCCGCAGGCAAGUUGGAACUCGAGAUGUGUAUAUGGAACUCCACAGAUAUAGGGGCCGACUAG